AUGGUAUUUGCCAUUGAAGAAAUCAACAACAGAGCUGAUAUUCUUCCUGGCAUCAGUUUGGGUUACAAAGUCUACGAUUCAUGUGGAUCAAUAGAAAUGGCUCUCAGAGCCUCCCUUUCAUUAAUUAAUGGAGACAAUGCUUCUCAGUUGUCCUGUCAAAGACCUAACACAAUCCAAGCUAUCAUUGCAGAAACAUCCUCUACUCCAACUAUUGCCAUUUCUUCAACUGUUGGACCUCUGCAUUUACCUGUGAUUAGUCAUUUUGCAACAUGUGCCUGCCUUAGUGACAGAAAGAAACACCCUUCAUUCUUCAGGACUAUUCCCAGUGAUUAUUACCAGAGCCAAGCACUGGCCAAACUGGUCAAGUAUUUUGGCUGGACCUGGGUGGGGGCUCUUUGCAGUGAUAAUGACUAUGGUAACAAUGGCAUGAACACUUUUAUCAAAGCAGCCACAGAAUUUGGAGUCUGUGUAGAAUUCUCAGAGGCAUUCUUCAGGACUGAUCCCAGGGAGGACAUUUUGAGAAUUGUGGAUAUUGUAAAGAAAUCUAGCUCUAAAGUGAUUGUCGCAUUUGUAUCCUACUCAGACAUGGACAUUCUUCUAGGGGAAAUAGCUCAACAGAAUAUUACUGGACUACAGUGGAUUGGUAGUGAAUCCUGGAUCUCUGAUAUGAACAUUGCUACUGGAAAAUGGCAUCAAGUUCUUAGAGGGUCCAUGGGCUUUGCCAUCCCAAAAGCUGAAAUAAGAGGCCUAAGAGAAUUUCUGACUAAUCUUAACCAGUCUUCCGACAUACCUUUGUAUAAAGAGUUGUGGGAAACAUUAUUUCAAUGUAAACUUCCCCCACAAGAAACUACUGGAAGCAUAAUCAUGUGUGAAGACAAUGAAAGUUUGAACAAUGUGCAGAACCAGUAUACAGAUGUCACAGAAUUACAAAUUGCCAAUAAUGUUUACAAGGCUGUGUAUGCUGUUGCCUACGCUCUGAACAACACAAUAAGUUGUAAAAAAUGGAACACAAAGCAAAGCAAAUGCCUUAAGAAAGUAAUUAAUGCCUUGAGAGAAGUGAGCUUCUUCACUGAAACUGGUGAGAAGGUAUUCUUUGAUAAAAAUGGAGAUCCGGCAGCAAGGUAUGAUCUCUUGAACUGGCAGCAGGGGGAGGAUGGGACAAUAAAGUUUGUUAAAGUGGGUUUCUAUGAUGCAUCUUUACAACCAGAAUUUCAGCUUUCAUUUAACAACAUCAGCAUAGUGUGGGCCAAAAAUCAACGCCAGGUACCUGUGUCUGAAUGCAAUGAGAGCUGUCCCACAGGAACUAGGAAGGCUGUGAAAAAAGGAAAACCUGUCUGCUGUUAUGACUGUAUUACAUGUGCAGAAGGAGAAAUUAGUAAUAAGACAGGUAUGGUACAAAAACGCAUAAUAUCAACAAGCAAAAGCGUACACUCAAAAUACAUUUUGUGUUCACAUUUCCCCCUCAGAUUCAUUGAUUUGUCUCAAGUGCCCUCCGGAAUUCUGGUCAAACAAAUGGAGAGAUACAUGUGUCCCAAAACUUGA